AUGGUCUACGAUCAGACUCCUGCUGCGUUCCCUCCCUCCGAGGAGGAGUGUGAAGCUCUCUCGCAGAAAUAUGUGUCGUACUCCAAGAUUUACAACGAGGACGGCCUAGUCAACAAAAAGGAUCCUAUCGGGAGACAGCAGGCGAGGGACGAGCUCUACGCAACCCGAGCUGAACCCGACUUGGGCCCAGUCCAGCUCGUGGGGGGGCCAGACGGAGACCCGGACAGGUACCUUGCCCUCGUCGACGCCGAUAUCGCGAGGCUGACGGCCAAAGGAGCGGCCAUGACCACUGCAGACCGUGUGCUCCGCUGGCACAUCGCCAUGUCCGCGAUCAUGGUUUUUCUUGAGUUCAAGCUCGUCAUUCCCUACUGUCGUUUCGAUGGAGUAGUCGCCAAGAUAACGACGCGAGGGCAUAGAAUCUCGACUGAAUGGGUUCGAGCAAACCGCGAACGGAUCCUGUCCGGCGACUGGCCCCCGCCACCAGACGAACGUGCCGCGCCACACCUUCCUCCACAGACCCCGCCCAGCCCACAACGCAUGCUCAGCUGUACUCCACCGUCGAGUUCUCCCCCUCAGCCGGUCGCCAUGCACCCACCGUCUCCGCUCACAUCCAAAGAGGUCAAGGAUCUCGUCAAGCGGCCGUCGCCUUUGAUCGACAUGCGGUUCGAAUGUCAUGACGAAACUGCCGGUGGCGUCUGGAAGCUGCAGUCGUUCACUCAGACCUCGGGCCGUCCGACCGAGUUCUGGAUCAAGUACGACGACUGCAAUGGCGUUAUUCCCAUGGACACAGAUGCCAUGACGUGGCUCCUGGCCGAGAGCUUGGUAGUAGAGGGGCUGGAUGAGUACAGGUCUGAUGAUUAG